ACAAUCUCCUUCUCACUCACUCCACACAAAAAAGAAAAAUGGCUACCCAAAGAGCGAUCCUCAAAAACGCUCUCAUCCUUUUUCUCUUCACGUUAACCAUCGUGACAAAAACCGCGUUUUCACAAAACUGCGGUAGUACUGGAUGUGCGGGCAACAUGUGCUGCAGUAGAUAUGGAUAUUGUGGCACCACACCCGCCUACUGUGGCACCGGGUGCAGAAGCGGACCGUGCAGCUCCGGAACCACACCAAUCACACCAACUCCUAGCGGUGGCACGGGCGGCCUAAACGCUGAUCCUCGUGAUACAAUCGCAAACGUUGUCACACCAUCAUUUUUUGAUGGUAUCAUGAGCAAAGUCGGAAACGGCUGCCCAGCAAAAGGGUUCUACACUCGCCAGGCUUUCAUUGCGGCAGCCCAAUCGUUCCCGGCCUAUCAAGGAACUGUCUCUAAGCGUGAAAUUGCCGCCAUGUUGGCUCAGUUCUCACACGAAUCUGGAAGUUUUUGUUACAAAGAAGAAAUAGCGAGAGGAAAGUACUGCCAAGCUAGCACAGUCUACCCUUGUCAACCAGGAAAGGACUAUUAUGGUCGCGGUCCAAUCCAAAUCACAUGGAACUACAACUACGGUGCAGCCGGAAAGUUCCUUGAACUCCCUCUCUUGACUGAUCCAGAUAUGGUGGCUCGUAGCCCUGAAGUGGCCUUUAAGUGUGCCAUGUGGUUCUGGAACCAGAAUGUUCGUCCGGUCUUGGACCAAGGCUUUGGAGCAACCACGAGGAAGAUCAAUGGUGGCGAAUGCAACGGUCGGCGUCCAGCAGCGGUGCAAAGCAGAGUUAACCGCUACUUGGAGUUCUGUAGGAUGUUUGGGAUCACUCCUGGAACAAGUCUAAGUUGUUAAAGAUGUUAAAUGUGGUUAGUAUCAUGGAAUGAAGUUGGUCUUGCACGUACGUGUGAGUCAAUAAGUAAUUGAACGUGUCGAAUAAAAGAUUAAUUACGAGGUGUAUCCUGAUGUAUCCCUGUAAUGUUUGUAUCGGUUGUCACAAGUUGAAGUAUAUCACCUUAUCCAUAUAAACGCAUUUACUA